AUGGCCGAACUUAACGAUUUUGAGCGGUUGGAGAAGAUUGGAGAAGGUACCUACGGAGUGGUUUAUAAGGCUCUGGACACCAAGCACAACAACAGGGUUGUGGCGCUGAAGAAGAUCCGGCUGGAAUCCGAAGACGAAGGCGUUCCUUCAACCACCAUUCGGGAAAUCUCCUUGUUAAAGGAACUAAGAGACGACAAUAUCGUUGGACUUUACGACAUUGUCCAUUCCAACUCCAACAAAAUCUACCUGGUUUUCGAGUUUUUGGACAUGGACCUCAAAAAAUACAUGGAGUCCAUUCCUGAAGGCGAGGGACUCGGAAGAGACAUGGUCAAGAAGUUCAUGUUACAGUUGGUUCGUGGAUUGUAUCAUUGCCACGCUCACAGAGUUCUACACAGAGACCUGAAGCCGCAGAAUUUGCUGAUCGACAAGGAAGGUAACCUCAAGGUUGCUGAUUUCGGUCUUGCCAGAGCGUUUGGCGUCCCGCUGCGUGCGUACACUCACGAGGUUGUCACUCUGUGGUACAGAAGUCCAGAGAUCUUGCUUGGUGGUAAACAGUACUCGACAGGCGUGGAUAUGUGGUCGAUUGGAUGCAUUUUUGCAGAGAUGUCCAACCGCAAGCCGCUGUUUGCCGGAGACUCGGAGAUCGACCAGAUCUUCAAGAUCUUCCGUGUUCUGGGAACCCCAACCGAGGAGAUCUGGCCCGACGUUACCUAUUUGAGCGACUUCAAGCCUAGCUUCCCUAAAUGGUCCAAGCAGAACCUGGCCGAUUCUGUGCCAAACCUGGACGCCCACGGCGUCGACCUCUUGGAGCAGCUGCUGACCUACGACCCUGCGGGAAGAAUCAGUGCCAAAAGAGCUCUUCUCCAUCCGUACUUCCAGGAAGACUACGCCCACCCAGUCGAAUACCCGCAACAAUCUGCCAUGCAGGUUGACACAUCCACCAUCUACGUCUGA